CUCUCGCGGGAUCUCGGGCCGCGGCCAGGGCUCAGUGUAAGAUGGCGGCGGCGGCAGCGGCGGGACGGGCCCGGGCCGGGCUCUGACCCCCCCCUGCUCUCCCCGCUCGCUCAAGCAGCUCCCGGCUCCCUCCCCCUCUCAGCGACCGGGCCGGGCCGAGGAUGGACUGGGAGUGAUUCCCGGCGGAGCACGAGGACCGGAACCCCCAAAAUGAAAGUGGAUCGGACGAAACUGAAGAAAACUCCCACGGAGGCGCCCGCCGACUGCCGGGCCCUCAUCGAGAAGCUGAAGGGCUGCAGUGAUGAGCAGCUGGUGACAGAACUGCAGCAGAUCAAGACAUGGAACAUUGGGAAGUGCGAGCUGUACCACUGGGUGGACCUGCUGGACCGCUUCGACGCGCUGCUGGCCGAGGCGGGCCGGCCGGUGGAGGCCAUGAGCUGGAUGCUGGCCUGCGACCGGCCCGAGCGCCAGCCCCUCAAGGCCCUGCUGCUGGCCCUGCUCAACUUCACGGCCCUGCUCAUCGAGUACAGCUUCUCCCGCCACCUCUACAGCUCCAUCGAGCACCUGACCACGCUGCUGGCCUCCUCGGACAUGCACGUGGUGCUGGCCGUGCUCAACCUGCUCUACGUGUUCAGCAAACGCUCCAACUACAUCACCCGCCUGGGCUCCGAGCGCCGCGGGCCCCUGCUGGCCCGCCUGCAGCACCUGGCCGAGAGCUGGGGUGGAAAGGAGAAUGGAUUUGGGUUGGCUGAGUGCUGUCGGGACCUGCACAUGAUGAAAUACCCCCCCAGUGCCACCACUCUGCACUUUGAGUUCUACGCUGAGCCGGGCGUCGAGGUGAAGGUGGACAAGAGGGCCACCAGCACCACCCUGCACUACAUCCACAUUGAGCAGCUGGACAAGAUCUCAGAGAGCCCCUCGGAAAUCAUGGAGUCCCUGACCAAGAUGUACAGCAUCCCCAAGGACAAGCAGAUGCUGCUGUUCACCCACAUCCGCCUGGCCCACGGCUUCUCCAACCACAAGAAGCGGCUGCAGGCAGUGCAGGCGCGGCUCCACGCCAUCUCCAUCCUGGUGUACUCCAACGCGCUGCAGGAGUCGGCCAACAGCAUCCUGUACAACGGGCUGAUCGAGGAGCUGGUGGACGUGCUGCAGAUCACCGACAAGCAGCUGAUGGACAUCAAGGCGGCCUCCCUGCGGACGCUGACGUCCAUCGUGCACCUGGAGCGCACGCCGAAGCUCAGCAGCAUCAUCGACUGCACCGGCACCGCCUCCUACCACGGCUUCCUGCCCGUGCUGGUGCGCAACUGCAUCCAGGCCAUGAUCGACCCUUCCAUGGAGCCCUACCCCCACCAGUUUGCCACGGCGCUCUUCUCCUUCCUGUACCACCUGGCCAGCUACGACGCGGGCGGCGAGGCGCUGGUGUCGUGCGGCAUGAUGGAGGCGCUGCUCAAGGUGAUCAAGUUCCUGGGGGACGAGCAGGACCAGAUCACGUUCGUCACGCGGGCGGUGCGGGUGGUGGAUCUCAUCACCAACCUGGACAUGGCCGCCUUCCAGUCACACAGUGGGCUGUCCAUCUUCAUCUACCGCCUCGAGCACGAGGUGGACCUGUGCCGCCGCGAGUGUCCCUUUGUCAUCAAGCCCAAAGUGCAGCGCCCGCCUGCUGCCACCCUGCCCGAGGGCGAGGACAUGGAGACUGAUAUGGAGGUGACCGACGUGGCCAUGGAGAGCAGUCCCGGCCCCUCGGCCGAAGCCCGGCCGGACCCGGUGCCACCAGCCCCGCCAGCCGUGCCCAGCACCAGCGCUGCCACCCCCUCCCCACGCGGUGGAGUGCAGUGCAUCCCCCAGCGCGCCGCUUUGCUCAAAUCCAUGCUGAACUUCCUCAAAAAAGCCAUCCAAGACCCCGCCUUCUCCGACGGCAUCCGGCACGUGAUGGACGGCUCGCUGCCCACCUCGCUGAAGCACAUCAUCAGCAACGCCGAGUACUACGGCCCCUCGCUGUUCCUGCUGGCGACCGAGGUGGUGACGGUCUUCGUGUUCCAGGAGCCCUCGCUGCUGUCCUCGCUGCAGGACAACGGCCUCACCGACGUCAUGCUGCACGCUCUGCUCAUCAAGGACGUGCCGGCGACGCGGGAGGUGCUGGGCUCGCUGCCCAACGUGUUCAGCGCGCUGUGCCUGAACGCGCGGGGGCUGCAGAGCUUCGUGCAGUGCCAGCCCUUCGAGCGCCUCUUCAAGGUGCUGCUGUCCCCCGACUACCUGCCCGCCAUGCGCCGCCGCCGCAGCUCCGACCCCCUGGGUGACACAGCCUCCAACCUGGGCAGCGCCGUGGACGAGCUGAUGCGGCACCAACCCACGCUCAAGACCGACGCCACCACCGCCAUCAUCAAGCUGCUGGAGGAGAUCUGCAGCCUGGGCCGGGACCCCAAGUACAUCUGCCAAAAGCCGUCGAUGCAGAAGGCGGACGGGACGGCGGCCGCGCCGCCCCCGCGCUCGCCCCACGCCGCCGAGGAGGCCUCGAGCGAGGAUGAGGAGGAGGAGGAGGUGCAGGCCAUGCAGAGCUUCGGGGCUGCCCAGCAGAGCGAGGCAGAGCCCAGCCAGACCGUGGUAGGCACGGAGGAACGCAUCCCCAUCCCGCUCAUGGACUACAUCCUCAACGUGAUGAAGUUCGUGGAGUCCAUCCUGAGCAACAACACCACUGAUGAUCACUGCCAGGAGUUCGUGGCCCAGCGGGGGCUGCGGCCGCUCGUCACCAUCCUGGGGCUGCCCAACCUGCCCGUGGACUUCCCCACCUCUGCAGCCUGCCAGGCCGUGGCUGGGGUCUGCAAAUCCAUCCUGACUCUCUCCCACGAGCCCAAGGUGCUGCAGGAGGGGCUGGUGCAGCUGGAGGCUGUGCUGUCUGCACUGGAGCCGCUGCACCGGCCCAUCGAGGCCCCGGGGGGCUCGGUGCUGCUGCGGGAGCUGGCCGGGGCCGGGGCCGUGCCCGACGCCACGCUCUCAGCCCAGGCCACCCCCCUGCUGCACGCGCUGACCGCCGCCCACGCCUUCAUCAUGAUGUUUGUGCACACCUGCAGGGUGGGACAGAGCGAGAUCAGGGCCAUCUCAGUGAACCAGUGGGGAUCCCAGCUGGGGCUGAGCGUGCUGGGCAAGCUGAGCCAGCUCUACUGCUCCCUGGUGUGGGAGAGCACCGUGCUGCUGUCCCUCUGCACCCCAAACAGCCUCCCCCCAGGCUGUGAGUUUGGCCAGGCUGACAUGCAGAAACUCGUGCCCAAGGAGGAGAAAACGGCCCCCAGCCCCCCCCAGGGUGGCCGCAGGGCAGAGGGCGAGGCAGAGGGCCCGGGCCCCUCGGUGGGGGCGGGCAGUGACCCCCCCCCAGCCCAGGGGCUGCUGGAGGGGAUGGGGCUGGAGGGGGAGCCCCUGGCCCCCAUGGAGACGGACGAACCCAGCACCAGCGACCCCAAAGCCAAGGCCAAGAUCACCCCGGCCAUGGCCGCCCGCAUCAAACAGAUCAAACCCCUGCUCUCCGCCUCAUCGCGGCUGGGCCGGGCGCUGGCCGAGCUCUUCGGGCUGCUGGUCAAGCUGUGCGUGGGCUCCCCGGUGCGGCAGCGCCGCAGCCACCACGCCGCCGCCGCUGCCCCCGCGCCCACCGCGGCCGCCCGCGCCACGGCCUCGGCGCUGACCCGCCUGCUGACCAAGGGGCUGAGCUGGCAACCGCCCCCCUACACCCCCACGCCACGGUUCCGGCUGACGUUCUUCAUCUGCUCGGUGGGGUUCACGUCGCCCAUGCUGUUCGACGAGCGCAAGUUCCCCUAUCACCUCAUGCUGCAGAAAUUCCUCUGCUCCGGCGGCCACAACGCCCUCUUCGAGACCUUUAACUGGGCGCUGUCCAUGGGGGGCAAGGUGCCGGUGGGGGAGGGUCUGGAGCACCCCGACCUGCCGGAUGGCACUGGUGAGUUCCUGGACGCGUGGCUGAUGCUGGUGGAGAAGAUGGUGAACCCCAGCACGGUGCUGGAGUCCCCCCAUGCACUGCCUGCCAAGGCCCCCCCGCAUGGACACCCCCCCUUCAGCGCCCUGCGCUUCCUCGUGGUCACCCAGAAGGCUGCGUUCGCCUGCAUCAAGCAGCUGUGGCAGCGGCGGCCGCUGAAGGUGUACGGCGGCCGCAUGGCCGAGUCCAUGCUGGCCAUCCUGUGCCACAUCCUGCGCGCCGAGCCGCUGCUGCGCGAGCGCCUGGGCCGCGAGAGAGAGGGACCCGCGCCCGACGAGCCGGGGGGCGACGAGGGGGGGGCCCGCAGGGAGCCCCACGUCAACCAGCAGCAGCUGCAGCAGCUGAUGGACAUGGGUUUCUCUCGGGAACACGCCAUGGAAGCGCUGCUCAACACCAACACCAUGGAGCAGGCCACGGAGUACCUGCUCACCCACCCACCCCCGCUCAUGGGGGGCUCAGCACGGGACCUGAGCAUGUCUGAGGAGGAUCAGAUGAUGAGAGCCAUCGCCAUGUCCCUGGGCCAGGACAUCCCCAUGGAGCAACGCGCCGAGUCCCCAGAGGAGGCCGCUUGCCGCAAGGAGGAGGAGGAGCGGCGGGCUCGGGAGCGGCAGGAGGAGGAGGAGGCCAAGUGCCUGGAGAAGUUCGAGGGGGCCGAGCCGCUGGAGGCGGCCGAGCUCGGGGCCUUCACGGACUCGAUGCUGCCCGGCUGCUCGCAGCUGCUGGACGAGCUGCCCGACACCGUGUACCGCGUCUGCGACCUGCUGAUGACGGCCGUGCGCCGCAACGGCCCGGCCUACCGGGACAGCGUGCUCAAACAGGUGGUGCAGCAGGUGUGGGAGGCGGCCGAUGUCCUGAUCAAGGCGGCCGUGCCACUGACCACCAGCGACACCAAGACGGUGUCGGAGUGGAUCAGCCAAAUGGCCACCCUGCCCCAGGCCUCCAACCUGGCCACGCGCAUCCUGCUGCUCACCCUGCUCUUCGAGGAGCUGAAGCUGCCCUGUGCCCGCGUGGUGGAGUCCAGCUGCGUGCUGGACGUGCUGAUCAAGCUGCUGGAGGUGGUGCAGCCCUGCCUGCAGGCUGCCAAGGAGCACAAGGAGGUGCAGACCCCCAAGUGGAUCACCCCAGUGCUGCUGCUGAUUGAUUUCUAUGAGAAGACAGCCGUGUCCUCCAAGCGCCGUGCGCAGAUGAACAAGUACCUGCAGGCCACUGGGAACAACUGGCGCUGGUUUGACGACCGCUCGGGCCGCUGGUGCAGCUACAGCGCCAGCAACAACAGCACCAUCGACGCGGCCUGGCGGGCCGGGGAGCCCAGCGUGCGCUUCACGGCCGGCCGGCGGCGCUACACCGUGCAGUUCACCACCAUGGUGCAGGUGAAUGAGGAGACCGGGAACCGGCGCCCGGUGAUGCUGACGCUGCUGAGACCCCCCCGCGCUGGGAAGGGCCGUGACGAGGGGGGGGCCGAGGACCCCGAGGGGAAGAGCAAGGAUGAGACCCCCGCUGCAGACCCUCCUUCUACAGACGAAGACCCCUCCUCUACCACCACCACCACCACCACCACCACCACUCCCACCGCCCCCUGCCCGUCCCCUCCCUGCCCCACGCCGACCCCCGAGGAGCCCCGGGACGACCCCGGCGCCGACGCCGAGGCUCCGGUGCGGGGCCUGGCGGAGGAGGCGGUGCCGGCCGUGCUGCGGGCGUGCGUCAGCAUGCUGGGGGUGCCGGUGGACCCCGACACGCUGCACGCCACGCUGCGCCUGUGCCUGCGCCUGACGCGGCAGCACAAGCACGCGCUGCUGUUCGCCGAGCUGCGCUCCACCCGCACCAUCCUGGCGCUCACGCAGAGCUCCGGCUUCACCGGCUUCACCCCGCUGGUCACCCUGCUCUUCCGGCACAUCAUCGAGGAUCCCUGCACGCUGAGGCACACCAUGGAGAAGGUGGUGCGGUCAGCAGCCACGAGCGGGGCAGGCAGCACCACCUCGGGGGUGGUGUCAGGCAGCCUGGGCUCGCGGGAGGUGAAUUACAUCCUGCGGGUGCUGGGCCCCGCCGCCUGCCGCAGCCCCCACGUCUUCACCGAGGUGGCCACGGGCUGCAUCCGCAUCGCCCUGCCCGCGCCGCGCGGCUCCGGCACCGCUUCUGACGACGAGUUCGAGAACCUGCGGAUCAAGGGGCCCAACGCGGUGCAGCUGGUGAAGACCACGCCGGCCAAGGCGGCCGCGCUGCCGCCCAUCCCCGAGCCCAUCCGCGAUGUCAUCUACGACAUGCUCAACGCCCUGGCCGCCUACCACGCCCCCGACGAGGGUGACAAGGGGGACCCCAAGAGCGCGGCGCCCAGCGAGGUGAGCCAGCUGCUGUCGGACAUUGGGGACGACAUGUACCAGCAGUACCGCAGCCUCACCAUGGAGGGGGCCCAGGUUUUUGCUGCUGACGGAGCCGCGGCCGAGACGCCGCCCUCGGGAACCCCCCAGGGAGAAGCAUCCAGCCCCGAGGAGGGCCGCGAGGGCCGCAAGGAGAAGGAAGGGGAGCGUGGGGAGGAGCGGGGCCGGGCACGGGGCUCCAAGCCCCUGAUGCCCACCUCGACCAUCCUGCGGCUGCUGGCUGAGCUGGUGCGCUCCUACGUGGGCAUCGCCGCCCUGAUCGCCAACUACAGCUACAGCGUGGGCCAGUCCGAGCUCAUCAAGGAGGACUGCAGCGUGCUGGCCUUUGUCCUGGACCACCUGCUGCCCCACCAGCAGAACGCCGAGGACAAGGACACGCCGGCGCUGGCACGGCUCUUCCUGGCCAGCCUGGCCGCGGCUGGCAGCGGCACCGAUGCCCAGGUGGCCCUGGUCAACGAGGUCAAGGCCGCCCUCGGCCGCGCCCUGGCCAUGGCCGAGAGCACCGAGAAACACGCCAGGCUCCAGGCCGUCAUGUGCAUCAUCAGCACCAUCAUGGAGUCGUGUCCGUCCACCUCGAGCUUCUACAGCAGCACGGCCAAGCCGCCCCACAACGGCAUGAACAACAUCAUCCGCCUGUUCCUCAAGAAGGGGCUGGUCAACGACCUGGCCCGCGUGCCCCACAGCCUCGACCUGUCCAGCCCCAACAUGGCCAACACGGUGAACGCGGCGCUGAAGCCGCUGGAGACGCUGUCGCGCAUCGUGAACCAGCCCAGCGGGCUCUUCGGGGCCAAGGGCUCCUCCAGCAAGAGCAAGGCCGAGGGCAACGGGGGUGCCCGCGAGGCGGGGGCCGCGCCCCCCGAUGGAGGGGACCCUGGGGACCCCGAGCCCCCCGAGGAGGACGCGGAGGCGGCGCAGGCCGAGGCAGCCGACGGGGACAUGGACGGCGAGGCCGAGGGGGACACGGUGGUGCUGGCCGGGCAGCCCGAGGGGCUCAGCACCCAGGAGAUGCAGGUGGAGAAUGAGCUGGAGGAUCUCAUCGAUGAGCUGCUGGAGAGGGACGGCGCCGACGGCAACAGCACCAUCAUCGUGAGCCGCUCGGCCGAGGACGAGUCACAGGAGGACGUUCUGAUGGACGAGGCUCCGUCCAACCUCAGCCAGGCCUCCACGCUGCAGGCCAACCGUGAAGAUUCCAUGAACAUCCUGGACCCCGAGGAUGAGGAGGAGCACACGCAGGAGGAGGACAGCAGUGGCAGCAAUGAGGAUGAGGACGACAGCCAGGAUGAGGAGGAGGAGGAGGAAGAGGAGGAUGAGGAUGAUCAGGACGAUGAGGAGGGUGAGGAAGGUGAGGAGGAGGAGGAUGAUGAUGAUGGCUCGGAGAUGGAGCUGGACGAGGAUUACCCCGACAUGAACGCCUCGCCCCUCGUGCGCUUCGAGCGCUUCGACCGCGACGACGAUCUCAUCAUCGAGUUUGACAACAUGUUCUCCAGCCCCACCGACAUCCCGCCGUCCCCCGGGAACAUCCCCGCCAGCCACCCUCUGCUGGUGCGGCACGCGGAGCACGGGGGGCUGGGGCUGGGGGCCGGCCCGGGGGGCGCCCGCCUGGCCCAGGGGCUCGGCCGGAGCCAGCGCACGCUGCGGCAGCUCACGGCCAACGCCGGCCACACCAUCCACGUGCACUACCCGGGGGCGCGGCAGCCAAACCCCCCCCUGAUCCUGCAGCGGCUCCUGGGCCCCUCGGCGGCCGCAGACAUCCUGCAGCUGAGCAGCAGCCUCCCGCUGCAGAGCCGGGGCCGGGCGCGGCUGCUGGUGGGCAACGAGGACGUGCACAUCAUCGCCCGCUCCGACGAUGAGCUGCUGGACGACUUCUUCCACGAGCAGGGCAGCGCGGGCAGCCAGGCAGGGACCCUGUCCAGCAUCCCCACGGCCCUGACGCGCUGGACCGAGGAGUGCAAGGUCCUGGACGCCGAGAGCAUGCACGACUGCGUGUCUGUGGUCAAGGUGCCCAUCCUGGCCCGGCUGGAGGCGCUGCGGGACGAGGAGCUGGACGAGCGGCGCGAGAAGCGCCGGCGCCAGGCGGCCGAGGACGAGGCCAAAGGCGCCGAGCGAGGUCCCGAGGACAAGGACGGGGCAGAGACCCAGGACGCUGCGUCCAAAGCCGGCCCCGCUUCGGCCGACGUCACCCCCCCAGAACACAGCGGGACCCCGGGAGAGACCCCCCCUCCCGGUCCCCACCGGACACUGGUGAUGCUGGAACCGACGCCGACCGCCUCGAGACCCCCCGGAGCCCCCCAAAUCCCUGCUCGCCCCCCCCAGCCCCCCGAGCACGAAGAGGGGGGGCCCGGACGACCCCCCCAAGACGCCGAGGCCACUCAGAUGGAGCUGUCACCCGCCCCCACCAUCACGUCGCUGUCCCCAGAGCGGGCGGAGGACUCGGACGCGCUGACGGCCGUGAGCAGCCAGCUGGAGGGGUCCCCCAUGGACACCUCGAGUUUGGCUUCCUGCACCUUGGAAGAGUCUGGGGGGGCUCCCCCUGCCCCAACAGCCCCCCAAAACCCUCCUGGAACCCCCCAAGGACCCCCUCCCGCCCCCCCUGACACCGCUCAGCCUCCGGACGAUAGCUCCCCCCCCGCCUCAUCCUCGGAGAGUUCAUCCACCCGGGACUCGGCCGGGGCCAUUUCCGGCGCCGACUCGCGGGGGAUCCUGGAGGAGCCUCUGCCAUCCACCAGCAGCGAGGAGGAGGAUCCGCUGGCCGGGAUCAGCCUCCCCGAGGGCGUGGACCCGUCCUUCCUGGCGGCGCUGCCUGACGACAUCCGGCGGGAGGUGCUGCAGAACCAGCUGGGGAUCCGCCCACCUGCACGGGCCCCGCCCACCGCCAGCCCCGCCCCGCCCGUGGUGGCCAACCCCGGCCUCACCGAGGUCAGCCCCGAGUUCCUGGCGGCGCUGCCCCCGGCCAUCCAGGAGGAGGUGCUGGCGCAGCAGCGGGCGGAGCAGCAGCGGCGGGAGCUGGCUCAGGCCACGGGCUCGGACGCGCCCAUGGACCCGGUGACGUUCAUCCAGACGCUGCCGUCCGAGCUGCGGCGCUCGGUGCUGGAGGACAUGGAGGACUCGGUGCUGGCCGUGAUGCCGCCGGACAUCGCGGCCGAGGCGCAGGCGCUGCGGCGCGAGCAGGAGGCGCGGCAGCGGCAGCUCAUGCACGAGCGCCUCUUCGGCCACUCCAGCACCUCGGCGCUCUCGGCCAUCCUGCGCAGCCCCGCGUUCACCAGCCGGCUCAGCGGGAACCGGGGCGUUCAGUACACGCGGCUGGCGGUGCAGAGGGGGGGCACCUUCCACAUGGGGGGCACCGGCACCCACAGCAGGCCGGCGGGCAGCAGCGUGGACAGCCUGCUGCGCCUGCGUGGGCGGCUGCUGCUGGACCACGAGGCUCUGUCCUGCCUGCUGGUGCUGCUCUUCGUGGACGAGCCCAAGCUGAACACCAGCCGCCUGCACCGCGUCCUGCGCAACCUCUGCUACCACGCUCCCACGCGGGGCUGGGUGGUCCGCAGCCUGCUGUCCAUCCUGCAGCGCAGCAGCGAGAGCGAGCUGUGCCUCGAGACCCCCCGCGGGACCCCCGGGCCGGGCUCCGAGGAGCGGCCGCGGGGCCGAGGCGGCGGAAGCCGCGCCGGGCCCGGCUCGGCCGCGGAGCCGCGCGGGUUGGACCUGCUGCACCGCAUGGAAUCGCGCAGCUCCGGGCAGCUGUCCUGGCUCUCCGUGUCCAUGGACGCGGCCUUGGGCUGCAGGACCAACAUCUUCCAGAUCCAGCGCGUGCCCGGCCGCAAGCACACGGAGAAACACGCGGCGGCCGCUGGCUCCGCCGUCCACAUCCACCCCCAGGCCGCGCCCGUGGUGUGCCGGCACGUGCUGGACACCCUCAUCCAGCUGGCCAAGGUCUUCCCCAGCCACUUCACCCAACAACGAGGCCGAGACCCCGCCACCGACCCGGAGCGUGACCGCGGCCCCCCCAAAUCCGGGGGCAGCCCUUGCCCUCUUUUCCCCCCUUUUGGGGGCCCCGAGCCCGAGGCGGCCGGGGGGGGCCUGGAGGCGUCGCCGCUGGGGCAGCUGAUGAACAUGCUGUCCCACGGCGUCAUCCGCCGCAGCCCCCUCCUCACCGAGAAGCUGCUGCGCCUCCUGUCCCUCAUCUCCAUCGCCCUCCCCGAGGGGGGCAAGGCCGGCGAGGGGGGGACAGCGCCCCAGAACGGAGCCCCCGCCCCCCCCGCGCCCGCCCCGCCCGCUGGAGGCGGUGGGACAGGGACAGGGACAGGGACGGGGGCGGCCGCAGCGCCCGGGAGCCCCCCGGGACAGGGGGGCAACGGAGGAGGAGCGGCCACGGCUGGAGGAACCGCAGCCCCUGCCAAGAGCUCCAAGUCCCCUGCCAAGGUCCCCGAGGGUGGCUCCGACCCCCGGCUGGCGGCCACGGGCCUGACCGAGAGCCAGCUCCAGCUCUCCGUGGAGGUGCUGACAUCACACUCGUGCUCGGAGGAGGGGCUGGAGGACGCGGCCAACGUCCUGCUGCAGCUGUCACGGGGGGACGCGGGGACAAGGGACACGGUGCUGCGGCUGCUGCUCAGCGGGGCCCGGCAGCUGGGGGGGGCCCUGUGCCGCCAGAUCGGGACGCUGCUGGCCGAGCUCCGUGAGUACAACCUGGAGCAGCAGCGGCGGGCACAGCUCGAGGCCCCGUCCCCCGAGGGGCUCCCCGAGGAGCAGCCCCCCAGCGCCAAGCUCAAGGGCAAAAUGCAGAGCCGCUUCGACACGGCCGAGAGCGUGGUCAUCGUGGCGUCUCAGAAGCGCGCUCUGGGCGGCCGGGAGCUGCAGCUGCCCUCCAUGUCCGUGCUGACCUCCAAGACGUCCACGCAGCGCUUCUUCCUGCGCGUGCUGCAGGUCAUCAUCCAGCUGCGCGACGACACGCGCCGGGCGCACCGCAAGGCCAAGCAGCCCGGCCGGCUGGGCGCCGCGGGGCUGGGGGCGGCCGGCAGCAUCCAGGCCGCCGUCCGGCAGCUGGAGGCCGAGGCCGACGCCAUCAUACAAAUGGUACGUGAGGGCCAGAGGGCCCGGAGGCGGCAGCAGGGAGACACGUCGGAGGCCGGGCCCGCGGACGCCGUCCCCCGGCGCGAGGAGUCGCCCAUGGACGUGGACCAGCCCUCGCCCGCCCCGCAGGACGUGGGCCCCGAGGCCGCGCAGGGUGGGGACCGGGACAGGGACAGGGACAGGGAGGAGCGGCCCCCUGAGCUGCCCCUGCUGAGCGAGCAGCUGAGCCUGGACGAGCUGUGGGACAUGCUGGGAGAGUGCCUCAAGGAGCUCGAGGAGUCCCACGACCAGCACGCCGUGCUCGUGCUGCAGCCGGCCGUCGAGGCGUUUUUCCUGGUGCACGCCACGGAGCGCGAGAGCCGCCCGCCGGUGCGGGACACGCGGGAGAGCCAGCUGGCACACAUCAAGGACGAGCCACCCCCGCUGUCCCCCGCGCCCCUCACCCCCGCCACCCCCUCUGCCCUGGACCCCUUCUUCUCACGGGAGCCCUCGGCCAUGCACAUCUCGGCCAGCCUGCCCCCGGACACGCAGAAAUUCCUGCGCUUCGCCGAGACCCACCGGACGGUGCUGAACCAGAUCCUGCGGCAGUCCACCACGCACCUGGCCGACGGCCCCUUCGCCGUGCUGGUCGACUACAUCCGCGUGCUGGACUUCGACGUCAAGCGCAAGUAUUUCAGGCAGGAGCUGGAGCGCCUGGACGAGGGGCUGCGCAAGGAGGACAUGGCCGUGCACGUCCGGCGCGACCACGUCUUCGAGGAUUCGUACCGGGAGCUGCACCGUAAAUCCCCCGAGGAGAUGAAGAACCGCCUGUACAUCGUGUUCGAGGGCGAGGAGGGCCAGGACGCCGGGGGCCUGCUGCGGGAGUGGUACAUGAUCAUCUCCCGCGAGAUGUUCAACCCCAUGUACGCCCUGUUCCGCACCUCGCCCGGCGACCGCGUCACCUACACCAUCAACCCCUCGUCCCACUGCAACCCCAACCACCUGAGCUACUUCAAGUUCGUGGGCAGGAUCGUGGCCAAGGCCGUCUACGACAACCGGCUGCUGGAGUGCUACUUCACCCGCUCCUUCUACAAACACAUCCUGGGCAAGUCCGUGCGGUACACGGACAUGGAGAGCGAGGACUAUCACUUCUACCAGGGCCUCGUGUACCUGCUGGAGAACGACGUCUCCACGCUGGGCUACGACCUCACCUUCAGCACUGAGGUGCAGGAAUUCGGGGUGUGCGAGGUGCGGGACCUGAAGCCCAACGGGGCCAACGUGCUGGUGACGGAGGAGAACAAGAAGGAGUACGUGCACCUCGUGUGCCAGAUGCGCAUGACCGGCGCCAUCCGGAAGCAGCUGGCGGCGUUCCUGGAAGGAUUCUACGAGAUCAUCCCCAAGCGCCUCAUCUCCAUCUUCACGGAGCAGGAGCUGGAGCUGCUCAUCUCGGGGCUGCCCACCAUCGACAUCGACGACCUCAAGGCCAACACCGAGUACCACAAGUACCAGGGCAACUCCAUCCAGAUCCAGUGGUUCUGGCGUGCCCUGCGCUCCUUCGACCAGGCCGACCGCGCCAAGUUCCUGCAGUUCGUGACGGGCACGUCCAAGGUGCCCCUGCAGGGAUUCGCCGCCCUCGAGGGCAUGAACGGCAUCCAGAAAUUCCAGAUCCACCGCGACGACCGCUCCACCGACCGGCUGCCCUCGGCCCACACCUGCUUCAACCAGCUGGACCUGCCGGCCUACGAGAGCUACGAGAAGCUGCGGCACAUGCUGCUGCUGGCCAUCCAGGAGUGCUCCGAGGGCUUCGGGCUGGCCUAGGGGGGCCGCGCCGGCCCCCCGCAGGGGCUCUAUAAAUAUAUAUAUAUUUUUUGGUUCCAUUGGCUUUUUUUGGUUUGUUUUGGUUUUUUUUUUUGGUUUUUUUUUUUUUUUUUUUUUUUUUUUUUUUUUUUUGGGGUUUAUUAUUUUUUUUUUUUUCUCCAGUCCCGGUUUGGGGGGGGGUUUUUGCUCUGUUGGAGGGUUGGGGGUUCUCUCUUCCCCCCUCCCCCUCCCCCUCUCCUCACCCCCUCCCCCUGUGUGGGGGCUGGGGGGCGCAGGGUGGUGAAAGGGGGGUGCCCCUGAAAUUAUAAAUAAGAAGUUCAGCCCCUCCCCCCACCCCAAAACUGAGAGAAAAAGUUUAAAAAAAAAAAAGGAAUAAAAAAGUGCACUCUUGGUAAGGGCAGUCCCGGUCGUUCUUGGGGGCAGGGGUGGUCUUGGCCGCCAUCUUGGGUGUGGUGGGGGACAGGGUGGAGUCCGGUCGCCAUCUUGGGUGUGGCGGGCUGACACGCGGGGCCGCCAUGUUGGAUGUGGCACUAAAGGCGGGUUCUGCUGUCCGCCAUCCUCAGCGUGGCCGUGUCGCUGCCGCCGCCAUGUCGAGUGUGGCACGUUGAGGACACUGGAGGGAGGGGCCGGGACGCCAACGUGGGUGUGGCCCGGGGGUGUGGAUGCUGCCAGAAGGUGGCCGCCAUCUUGGGUGUGGUAUCUGCGUGGGGGCCGCCAUUUUGAGUGUGUCCGGUGGCCGCCAUGUUGGGCGUGGCGAUGAAGGGACGCUGCCGCCGCUUUUACUCCGCGCCGGAAGUGGCGUCACUCCGCGGCGCCAGCGAUCCCCGGCGGCGUGGGAGCCGCAGCCAUGACCCGGUCCCGUGAGUUCGGGGAGGCACCGGGAGGGCUCGGGGGGGCUCUGGGGACCCUCCCGCACUCACCCCGCCCCUCCCCGCAGGACGACAGGUGGAGGCGUCCCGGAAGAAGCGCGUCCAGGCCCGGCUCGCCCGUGUCGGGAUCAAGAAGGACCCGGGGGUGCCGCAGCUCGGCCGCUUCGCCGCCUUCGCGCAGAAACAGCAGAGCGAGACCCGGCAGAGACGG